AGGCAUUCACAAGUGCUGCAACUGCUAUAGGCUGUAUUAUGCAGCAGCGGCAGACACGCAUCUCACAAAUACAAAUAAGUGUCAAAGCAUGCAUGCUCCUACAAACAAACUCUUGGUCAGGACGUGUCUCUGAUAAUGUGGCAAAUAAAGAUCGGCUUUUCUUCUCAACCUGCAACAUUCUCCUGGGCAAAUCUCUGGAAUUGAAUUGGAAACUUCCCACGUGUGGUAUUGUAUAAUAUAGAUCCCUCCUCCAUCCAUUCGGUGGCAUUCGCUACACUCUUGCCGAGCCUGUAUAUACCACUUCAGGGGUUCCAAGGUGCAGGUCGUUCACAAAAAUUACCCUGCAUUUGCCUAUCACCAUUUCAACCACCUUCACAUUGCAACACAGACACUGCAUCAUUGUCUAUGCGCAGCCACCCCCGUGUGGGCCGCUUUCGUGCGCGUCAUGCGGUGGUGGUGUUUCGCGGGCUGGCCCGCAUGACUAGUCGAGGACACAGUGGCUCUCUGGUGCUGUGGUACUGUGUAAACCUGCGCCCUCGCCUGCGCCCCUUCAGAACAGAACUGCCUAGUUAGCUAUAGGAAAUGGCUAAAGUUAUAAGCUGUGAGGAAGUAUCCAAGCACAAUUCUCUACAAGAUGCGUGGGUGGUAGUGGACGGUCGCGUUUGUGAUGUUACUGGAUUUGUUCACGCUCACCCGGGCGGACUGGACGUGUUGGAGGGACACCUCGGGAAGGACGUCAGUCAUUUAAUCCGCUCACCCAAUCUUCAUCGCCACAGCCGCUCGGCGUACAAGAUUCUAGACCAGUGCUGCAUCGGGGUCUUGCAAGGAGUGGAAGGAGAAACACAAGACAUUAUUGACUGGAGCCAGCCUGUACUGUCGCAGGUGGCCAAGUUAGGGGAGCACUACAAGUACUGGGUCCACGCCCCUGUCCACUGCCAACUCAGACUCUUCCACUCGGACCUCAUGGAGCUGUGCUCCAUGUGUCCAUGGUGGCUGGUUCCUCUGUUAUGGAUCCCCUUCAGUGUCUUCAUGAUGUGGCUGGCCACCACACACACUACCUGUAUGCUUCCCUGGACCCCAAUUCCCCAACCACUGAGCUGGACAAGGGUUAUUUCACUGCUACCCUUUGGGUUUCUGAUUUGGACACUGAUAGAGUACUUUUUGCAUCGUUUUAUCUUCCACAUGGAGCCUUGGUACUCGGCUGGUUUCUCUCUCCAGUUUCACUUCAUCAUGCAUGGUCAGCACCACAAGGUUCCUUUUGACCACAGACGUCUUGUGUUCCCUCCCCUACCAGCCAGCAUAGUUAUGUUAUUGAUAUACAUGGCGUGUGCUCAAUUGCAAGUCCCCCCACUGGCAGAGCUAAGAGCUUUGUUUGCCGGAGGUGUUCUCGGAUAUGUUACCUAUGAGAUGGUGCACUAUUACCUUCACCACGGAUCACCUCCACCAGGCUCAUACCUGGCUAGUCUCAAGUCUUACCAUGUGGCACACCACUAUGUCAAUCCUGAUCGAGCUGGAGGCGGAUGGUCGAUGAGUUUAAAGCUGAUGGUGACACAGAUGCAACGUAACAAAAAAGCUAUGAAGGCAACCCAACAGAGAGGACCCAAAGUACAGCCUUCUCGUGAAGUUUCCAACCCUUCCUCCGGACAGCAGUCUCUACUUGCUAAAACAGUCGUCGUAACAAAGAUCCCAGCCGAGCCUACAGGUCCAACGGAGCUCUGGGAAGAUGAUCUUGCUGGCAAGAUCCAAAAUGAGUACGAUCCUAUGGUCCCAAACAAUUAUGAGAUGAUCAUGAAGCAGAAGAAAGCAGAAGAGAGGGGUAGAGAUAGUGAGCGGAGGAGGAGGUCAGAUCAUCGCAGUGACCACCACAUUGAGCGGCGUUCCACUAGGAGGAGGUCUCGUGGCAGCAGCAGCGGCAGCGACAGUGACAGUGAGGAGAGGUCCAGGCGACGGGUACGCAGGAAAGAUACUGCCGCUAUUCCACCUCCGUCGUCCCUUAGUUUUGACUCGAACAAACCCCCAGACAAAAAUGAAGAAAGGGACGUUGUUCACUCCGCUCUUGAGGAGCUCAGCAAGAAGAAGGCUGAAAAAACAGGACCAUUUGCUCGACCAAAGAUUGCAGCCGUAGCCUCCAAUAUCAUGUCGAAAUAUGGCUGGAAGGAAGGUCAAGGUCUAGGCCGACAGUCGCAGGGGAUGAGCACUGCUCUGGCUGUCGAGAAGACAAGCAAACGAGGGGGAAAGAUUAUCAAUGUGGCAGCUGAGAGAGAGCAACAGUUGGCAGAAGAGAAGAAAAGGGCCCAUUCUCUUACUGAUGUCAUGAGAAAGCCAACCAGAGUUGUACUGCUGAAGAAUAUGGUAGGACCAGGAGAGGUGGAUGAGGACCUGCAGCCUGAAACGAUUGAAGAAUGCUCCAAGUAUGGGGAGGUAGCCAGCUGCUUGGUCUAUGAGAUUCCUCAUGGAGUAGACGAAAAAGAGGCUGUGAGAAUAUUUGUACAGUUUACACGACUGGAGUCUGCCAUCAAAGCGGUGGUUGACUUGAAUGGCAGAUUCUUUGGAGGCAGAACUGUAUGUGCGACUUUCUUCUCAGAGGAGCGUUUCAAAAACUUUGACUUGGGACCGGAUGCUUCUGAACCACUAGCACCCUAGCGUGCCAUUCGAUCAUUAUACCAUGUUGUACAUGCCACUGAUUGAAUGUACUAGAAUGAAAAUGACCAUUUUGGGCAAGCAAAGUGAGCAGUUUGAUUUUUCGCAUGUGUACUUUCACACAUAAUUAUGUGGAAUCACAUACAACAUUACCGUUUAGAAGUUAGAACGCAGUGCGGGUCACAAAAUACAGGAUAAAUCCCGCAUUCACACUUCUAGGUGGGCUUGCAUUGAUAGCCGAUCACUUCUUCAUGGAGUGCAGAACAUAUAUACACACGUGGCGAGGCAUAAUAGUACUGCAUUGCAAUAAUGGUGGUCGAAUAUGCAUGCCAGCAUUGGCAC